AUGGAAGCAAAGAAGAAUCUCCUGUGCGCCCAAUUAGAGGGUCGUGAAUCGCCCGCCCCCGAAAGUCAGACCGCCGAACAGCAAGAGCCUUUCUGCUGGGGUAGAAUGUCUCGCACAUUGCAACAGCAGCGAGAGACCCAGACUGAGGGUAGCGUUGACAAAGUCAAGGCCUUUGUAUUGGAAAGCAACCCUAUUCAUCCACUGGAGGGGCCUCUGAUGAGACAAUAUGCGGGCGAUAAAUUGAGGCGUAUGUCGUCGGAUUAA